GCUGAUCUUCACAGUAUUUAAAGCCCCUCUGCUGUCACACACUGUGUUAGCUAUAGACAAGGAGAAGUGGAGAUCGCAACUCAGCCGACCGCAGGAGAGUGCAGGAUGGCGGACUUUGAGCUUCGUGACUACCAGAAGGAAGUGGUUGAAAGGGCUCUUCAGGGCGAGAACAUAGUCAUUUGGCUGCCUACGGGAGGUGGAAAGACUCGUGCUGCAGUGUAUGUGGCCAAAAAGCAUCUGGAGACCACACCACGGGCUAAGGUGGUGGUCCUGGUAAACAAGGUCCAUCUUGUGGACCAACAUUACACCAAAGAGUUCAAGCCUCACCUGGGCUGUGAAUACACCCUGAGGCCAGUCAGUGGAGAGAGUGAUGACAAGGACUUCUUUGGAGAAGUGGUGCGAAACUCAGAUGUGGUCAUCUGCACAGCACAGAUUUUGUACAAUGCGAUGACUAACACAGAGGAGUCCAAACAUGUUGAGCUCUCUGAUAUUACUCUCCUGAUAAUCGAUGAGUGUCACCACACCCACAAGGACUCUGUGUACAACAAGGUGAUGGCAUGCUACAUAGAGAGAAAGUUGAAAGGAGAACGACCAUUGCCGCAGAUCCUGGGUCUCACUGCAUCACCGGGGACAGGGGGCGCAAAGAUCCUGGAGACAGCUGUGGAGCAUGUACUGCAGAUUUGUGCCAACCUGGACUCAGCCAUAGUUUCAACUAAAAACUAUGUCUCAGAGCUGAAGAAGAAAGUUCCCAGACCCAUCAAGACGUUUGACAUUGUGGAGAAAAGGCUUGAGGAUCCAUUCGGGGAUCAUCUGAAGCAAAUGAUGCACAUUAUCCAUGGGUACAUGAACCUUCCUUCAGAUGUCAGACUGCGAGAGUGCGGCACACAAGAGUAUGAGCAAGAUGUGGUGAUACUCAACCAGCGAGGAAUCAGAGAGAACAACAGACUGGUCGCAGAGUGUGCACUCCACCUCAGACAGUACAACGACGCCCUGCUUAUCAAUGACACCCUGCGAAUGAUGGACGCUUAUCACUCCCUGGAGGACUUCUACAGCAAGCCCACCAAAAACAUUGAUGGAACAGACUACUUCCUUAAGGCACUUUUCCAAGAGAAUCAGGUGGAGCUGAGGACACUUGCCAGAGAUUCCCGCUAUGAGAACCCAAAGAUGGCCAAACUUCAGAGCACCCUGCUGGAACAGUUUUCUCCAGAUAAGAAUUCACUGGGGAUCCUCUUCAGCAAAACCCGUAAAAGCAUCCACUGCCUCAAUGACUGGGUCCUCACUAAUGACGUUUUACAGGAAGCUGGCAUCAAGGCAGCCAUCCUCACUGGGGCUGGCAACGGUAUCACUUACAUGACGCUGAACGAGCAAGCAGAGACAAUCCGCAAUUUCCGCCAGGGUAAACUCAACCUCCUGAUCUCCACCAGUGUAGCUGAAGAAGGCCUUGACAUUCCUGAAUGCAACCUGGUGGUACGCUAUGGACUGCUUACAAAUGAGAUUGCCCAGCAGCAGGCCAGCGGACGUGCCAGGGCGCAAGACAGCCGGUACUCAGUGGUCACCCAGAAAGGGGGACGGGAAGAGCGACGGGAGCUCAUCAAUGAAUAUCUGGAGGAGCUGACUGGAAGAGCCAUUGCUAAGGUCCAAGAAAUGAACCUCCAUCAGUUUCGCAUAAAGAUAGCAGAGCUACAGAAGGAGGCAGUUAUUUGCAGAAAAAUUGCAGAGAGCCGCAAAAUAGAGAAGAAGACUCGUAACACCGCUGCUGGAGUCCAGCUAUUGUGCAGAAACUGUUUCAAGUCUGUGGCCUCUGGCAGUGACAUUAAACUUGUUGACAACUCACACUAUGUCAACGUCAAUUCUGAGUUUGAGAAACAAUACAUAGUAGGUGGGCAGGUGGUGCUAGGAAAGAGAUUUGAGGACUGGGAGCCUGGACGUACAAUCAGUUGCAGAGACUGCAACAAGGACUGGGGAUUUGAGCUGAAGUACAAGGAAGUUGCCUUGCUGCCCAAUCUCGCCAUUAAGAACUUUGCCCUGCAGACCCCUGAAGGCAGGACAACUGUGAAGAAGUGGAAGGACGUCCCUUUCACUGUUGAAGACUUCAGCUUUGACGAAUACUGCCAAGACCACUUCCCUGACCUCCUCGACUGAGAGACCAACAAAAAAAGCUCUAUGUGGGUUUUUUCCUACUUCACAUGUUUUCAUGUGUUGUUUUAAUUCUGUCUUUUGGUGUCAGUUUAUCAUUGCUCAUUUACAGAGAGCGUCACUGUAUUUUUUUUUUUUAGGUGGUUAAAUGUGAACACAGGCUUUUCAAUAAUGCACUCUUUACAUGCUUGCAUUAACUGGUGCUUCCGAGCCAGUGAGACAGCAGUGCGCUUAAACCUAUUAUGCAUCGAUCAUGCUUGAAUAUAGCAUGACAGCUUUGUUUGUGCCCAAGGUCCCAACUCCCUUUGCAUGUUUUUGUGUGCAUUUCCUCUGCUUCAUCUCAAGAAAACAAUGAACUGUGCUAUAACAUCGACCUCAACCAUCACAAACACUCUUCAUGUCAUCACUAAGAUGAUUCCUCAUUAACUCUCUUUAAGAUGAUUUUAAUUGGCAACUACAUUUCACAGUAGAUGCAAUGGUAGACAUGUACAUGUGUGGCUGUAGUAUGUACUGAUGAAAUCUUUUCUAUAAAUGUUUUUAGGAUAUAGCCACAUUUUUUAGCUCUUUUAUUUCUGUUGCUGUAUACUAUUUUAUUAAAAUAAAUCCAAAAAUACAAAUAAACCUGACUAAAGUCGAGAUGAAAUUACAAUCCUCUUGGCCCAGCAGAUCUUUUGUAAAUAUUCUGCCUUCACUAACCACUAGGUGUCAGUGUUGGUUAGCCAAUCACGUCAGAAACAAUUUCUUUUUCGACCUCCCACUUGGUGUAAAACUGAGGUUGAGGAAGAUGAAUGUGUAACUCUCUUCUGACCCUCAUCACACUUUGCUGAUGCACUUUUGAGCAAAGCACAAAAGGGUUGGUAACAGCCCUCAGAUGUGUGUGUGCAACAUCUGGAAAAUAACUGAAUAUACUCAGUAGAUAGGAAAGGGAUCAAAGUAUUUUCAUGUAUUGUGAUACAGUGGUUUAUUUUUUGUGUAACUGUUUCUUAUUGCGUGUUCAGGUAGAAGCAUUGUAUGCACUUAAAAUGAAUCACAAUGUUUGCAAGAGCUUCUCUUUGUAGUUUUCAAAAUGUUUUGCUAUGAAAUAUUUUGACUGCUGCAGCUCACCACACUGCUUCUGCAUCACUGGAUCAAUACAGGGUUAUGCGUUUCAGCUAGGAUCAUUUAACACCAUCUAAACAGUCUACACAGAGGAGCAGAUGUAUUAGACUUGCAAAUGAUCAUUUAACACACUUGCUUCAAAGAUAUAUUUUACUUCACUGUUUCUCACAACCCUCACAGUUUGAUUCAAGCAAUCCCCAAAAGACAAAUUUAGCCAGCUAAUCACAGAAAACAGUCUCUGCUGACGCUAUUGAGUUGCAUUUCACUGCUGUGUUUACAUACAUGAAUCAAGUGUGCUAUACAGCAGCACAGCAUCAGAUAUAAUGAGCAGUUUCCAAAACAAACCCAGAUUAUGAAAUUAAAGCGACUGGCAAGGAAACCAUUCAUUUCAGGCUGGCAGCAGUACUGGGUAGAUUCACUUUUUGACCCACAACACAUCUUUGUGUGUAUCUCAGGGCUAGACAUGAUUAGGUCAACCUCACAGUGCCACAUGUGCCGUAAUCCUUUCAAAUCUGGCAGAGAGCUGGAGUCAGUAGUGCUGCCAUGGACAUAAUCACACUAAAAACAGGCUCUGUUCCGGUGUCGUGCCUGAUUCAGAUUCAGGCAGGCGGAGAGGAGCCGUACAGUGUAUGAUUUACUCUGAUCAGACUCAGGCUCUAUAAUCAACACUGAUUACUUCCUUUUACUUCUCAGCUCAACACCCCAUGCAUCUUAAUUGCAAUUAGCUCACUUCUGAAAUUAAAGCAGCUUGGAGUAGUUGAGCAAAGGAUGAUAACAUGGUAUGUUGUGUGUGUAGGUGUGUGGGUGUGAAUUUAGGAUAUGCUUUUGGCAUUUGUAUAGAAGGCUUCUUAUAUUUUGUAUCUAGGCCACAAUGUAUGUGCCAUCUAAUGCAUACUAUAUGAGUCCAAAUCUCUAAGUUUAGUGAAUGGAAGCACCUCUUAUAGCUGAGGGACUGACAAUGUCUGAAAUAUCCAAUAAAUGAGACAACUUAGACUUUACUUAACUGCAA